CCACUACUAGUAGUGCCCUUCUAGAUUCCAAAACCAACCACGAGGUAGACCGCCGCUUCGGCGACGGUCGUGAAGAAAAGGGGAACGGCCGCCGCCUCGAUCCAAGUAUCCAACAAACCCCUGCCUGCCUCCCCGAUUCGGCUCGUCGCCCUCUCUUCCCCUCCGCCGCCGACGGCCCGCCUCGAAGAUGAUCCAGCUCUUCUUCACGGUGCUCGCGGCGGAGGCUGCGGUGGCGUCGACUCUGCUCUUCAAGACGCCUCUGCGGAAGCUCGCCGUGCUCGCGCUCGACCGCCUCAAGCGCGGGCGCGGGCCCGUCAUGGUGCGCACCGUCGCGGCCACCGUCCUCGUCCUGCUCGCGUCCAGCCUCCACACCAUGGCCCAGAUCCGCGGCCGCGCCGAGGGGGAGCUCGACGGCGCCGGGGUCGUGGGGCUCACCCCCACCGACCAGGUCCUCCUCUCGCGCCACCUCCUCGAGGCCUCGCUCAUGGGAUACUCCUUAUUCCUUGCUCUAAUCAUUGACCGGCUGCACAACUAUGUCAAAGAAAUUCGAAGGCUCAAGAAAAACCUGGAGGCUGUAUCAAAACAGAAUAAGACUAUGCUAGAGGCAGCAGCCAAUGGAAAGUUGGAAGAGAGUGAGCGUGACCAGAAGGACAUUUCUGAUGCCAAAAAGGAUACCUAAGUAUGGCAUUUGAUUGGGCAUCCAGACAAAGACUCCUGGCAUCCUAGUCGGUUAUUGGUAAUUUCCCAUCCAAGAAAUGAGAAUUGAGAUCUGUGCAUAAGAGCUCGGCUUUAAUGUGCUGAAACACAGAUUAACGCUGAACCUCGCUUAGAGCUAGGCAUCUGGCCUAGCACUGAAUGAUGCUCCUCUCUGAAUACCUGAUGCUACAGCUGUUAAACCAAAUGUUAACCGUGUGCUCGUCAUGUGAUCAACUUUCAUAAUGAUACUAUUGGUACCGUUCUCAGUUUAGCUGCCA